CAAAAUUUGUCAGUGUUUAUAAUUUAUACUAUCUGGUCAGCUGUUCGUUGUUAUAUAGUAGAUUUCUUUUCAUAUCUUUUCGUACUAAUAAAAAAUAUAGUACAAGUGGUUUAUUAAAGUCAUUUUAUGAAAGUUAAAUAGUAAUUAUGGCUUCGCGGUUUAGUGGGGCGCUACAAUUGACCGACCUUGAUGAUUUUAUUACCCCAUCGCAGGAAUGUAUAAAACCAGUGAAAAUAGAGAAAAAGAAAACUCACACGGGAUCCAAAAUAAAAAUCGGCGAGGACGGAUACUUUGACCUUUCAUCUGGAAAGGAACAAAAGCUUCAGAAAGUGGAGAUCACUCUUGCUGAUUGUCUUGCUUGUAGCGGCUGUAUCACGUCAGCGGAGAGUGUACUCAUUACAAAACAGAGCCAAGAAGAGUUACUUAGAGUAUUCUCUGAGCGAAAAUACACCGACAGCCGAGGCGUCACACAAGAUGUCAGUCUCAUUGUGAUAUCAAUUUCUCCGCAACCUCUACUCUCACUAGCUGUGAGAUAUAAGCUAGAGCCGGAAGAAGCUACUAGAAAAUUAGCUGGUUACUUCAGGAGUCUGGGCGCAGACCUGGUGCUGGACAUGACAGUGGCUGAAGAUCUGUCCCUGAUGGAAGCCCAGCAGGAGUUUGUCCAGCGGUAUAGAGAUCAAGCAGACUCAGAUGUUAAGACACUGCCAAUGUUAGCCAGUGCUUGUCCAGGCUGGGUGUGCUACGCUGAGAAAGCGCACGGCAGCUACAUCCUCCCUUACAUCUCCACCACCAAAUCCUCGCAACAAGUGAUGGGGUCGCUGGUGAAGCAGUUCCUCGCUACCAAGAGACAGCUCGCGCCGGCUGCCCUCUACCACGUGACUCUGAUGCCCUGCUAUGAUAAGAAGUUGGAGGCUUCCAGGGAGGACUUCUACAACGAGAUAUUGAACUGUCAUGAUGUGGACUGUGUCAUCACACCCAUCGAGUUGGAGCAAAUGCUGACCAACCAGGACAAGGAUCUGUCAGACUUCCCGGACAGUUCUCUGGACUGGUGCUGGGAUGUGGCGAUGACGCCGGGUGUGAGGCGCCACGGGGGCCGGGGGGCGGGGUCCUCGGGCUCCGGGGGACUCGCGGACGAGGUGUUCAUGUACGCGGCCAGGGAGCUCUUCGGGGAGGAGGACGUGCCGCUCGUUUAUAAGAACCUCAGGAAUCCCGACUUCCGGGAAAUAACUUUGGAGAAGGAUGGCCGGGAGGUCCUGAGGUUCGCCAUCGCCAACGGCUUCCGGAACAUACAGAACCUGGUGCAGAAACUGAAGAGGGGCAAGUCUCCCUACCACUACGUGGAGGUCAUGGCCUGCCCUUCAGGUUGUCUGAACGGCGGCGCCCAGGUGCGACCAACCGAGGGCGAGAGCGGUCGCGCGCUGGUGGGGAGGCUGCAGGAGCUGAUGGAGACUCUCCCGCCCGCGGAGCCCUCCGGGACCGCGGUUAGACACCUCUGGAGCGCCUGGCUCGGGGCCGCGGGCCCGGAGCGAGCGAGACACGCGCUACACACCACCUACCACGCUGUGCAGAGUAACGACAUCGCACUCACCACCAAGUGGUGACCCAUCCGGUCACAUGAUAUAAAAUAAUAUAUUCAAUAUGUUACAAUAAUAAAAAAUAUAUAUAUAAGCAAAACUACAAUUAUAAGGGAAAAUUGCUUCAUAUAACUAGACUAAUGGCGGCUUCGUUAGGUUGUACAUAAUUAAUAGAAGGAAUUAUUGGUAAUGACGCGCUCUACAUUAAAGGAGGCACACCCGCCCGAGCUCUGAACAUAUAUCAUUCCAACAAUUUGUGAAUAACAUCCGAACACCCGUAACAAAGAGGUUGUAAUAAGAGAGCAGAAAAAGGAAUUGUUUAUGGUUACCGUGAAUAAUGUCCAAUAGUGAAAUGUAAAUAUUGAUAAUAAUGUGUAAAUAAAUCGUUUUUAUUA